AUGGAACCUGGACGAUGGACUGGGUCGGCUGCCGACUACGCACGGGCGGCGUCGCUGCCAAACCUCCUCCAAGGCAAGGUGCUCAAUGAGCAUGUAGAGCCUCAGUGGAGUUCAGACGGCACGCGGCUGUGGUAUUUGUGGCAGGUUGCGUUGGAUGGCCGCAACGAAGUGUGCGUCGUCGACGUGCAUACUGGCGAGUCGCUCGUGGACAACGAUCGCUAUAUGUAUCGACAUCGCGUCCAUCGCAUCAAACCGUACGAUUCGUGCCAUCGGGACUAUGCGGCCGAAGAAAACAUCGCGAGCCCGCUACGCGCUGACGGUGUACCUGUUAGUCGACUGCUCCUGUCCUGCAAGGCCUUAGAAAUCGCUAAAGACCUUGGCCUCUCAGCCGCUCAAUUCAAGGCUAGUCCAUCAUGGGUUGCAGGCUUUUUCCAUCGCUGGGGAAUGUCUAUGCGUGCGAAAACUCUUUCGGGGCAAUUAAACCUCGAAGAAGGCGAAGCUGCGCUCGAUGAGUUUGCAAGCAUUUACAACGCUGGCCAAACCGGGAUAAAUUACGAGGAUUUACCCAAAGAAACAAUCAACUCUAAGGGCUCCAAGACCGAUUGGAUCAAAUGCUGCGCUGGCCACGAAAACGAUUGCAUGACCGCAAUGGUUCUUCCAGACUCAAAGGGCACAAAGUACCCUCUGUUUCUUGUCCUAAAGUCGCAGAAGUCCAAGAUUAAAGAAGUCGUCGAAGACAAUGUUACCCAUCGAAAUGGCUUUGGACGACAAGUGUGGCAAGACAUCGAAGAACUGCAUGAGCGGCACCUUUCCCGCAUCUUUGGCAACCCUACGGCAUGGUGGAACAGUACGAUUUCAAUUGCGUUCUUGACGUACCACUUCGGACACCGCCAAGGCCAAAACGUCAAGAAAAUCCUUUUGCUCUGGGACGAUUUCAGUGCACACUUCACUGAUGACGACGUGGCCUACGCGAACAAGAUCAUCGAAGCAACUCACCCUCAAACGACCGAGCACGUUGAAGGCCGUCACGGCCAUGACCACGAUGGCCACGACCAACAAGGCAACGAUAACCAUCUCAACGGUUCGACAAGUGACGACAUCGUCAACACGGCAAACGCUCUCGAAUCCAUCCUACAAAUGGGUGUUGAGAACAUCGAAACCAUGGACUUGAAUGACGACGACGACGAACUACCCUUGGCGUAUUGGACAAUAACGCCGUUGGCAGCGCGUGUGUAG